AUGGGGGAUCAUUUUGUUUUAUUGGUUGACCGUUUGCUUACUGAAUCCACUUUGGAGGCUGCACUUGAAAGCCACAACCGAUUGAUAGGCUUGAAAACUGAUGAUUUGGAAAGUGAUUUCAAGUUGAAGGAUUAUGGAGAUGACUUGACUCCAAGGAAGAUGGUAGAAUGCAGGAUAUGUCAGGAUGAAGAUUGGGAUUCUAAUAUGGAAACUCCUUGCUCUUGUUGCGGCAGCCUAAAGUAUGCUCAUCGAAGAUGUGUGCAACGGUGGUGUAAUGAGAAGGGUGACACGGUUUGUGAGAUCUGCCACCAGAAUUUUAAGCCAGGUUAUACAGCACCCCCUCCCAUUUUCCGACUAGGGAAUAUACCGAUGAACUUCAGAGGGAAUUGGGAAAUUGCAAGACGUGAUGUGAAUAAUCCCCGCCUUAUUACUGUUGUCUCCACUGAUCGAAGUUACCUUGAUUCAACCAAUGAGGAGAUUGCAGUUGCCACUUCCAGAAGCGUGAUGUGUUGUCGCGCUGUUGCCGUCAUUUUCAUGAUUCUUCUGGUUUUGCGGCACACUCUCCCAGUUAUAGUGAACCGAGCUGGAGACUAUUCAUUCCCAUUGAUCAUGCUACUGCUUCUAAGAAUAGUUGGUAUUAUCUUACCAAUCUACAUUAUCAUGAAAGCAGUGAUGGGGGUUCUUCAUCGUCGACACAAUCAGGUCAAUCUAUCCCUUGGUUCUCCAGACGAGGAAUCAGGCACAAGUACAACUACGCAGCCCCAAAAUGACCCCAUUCCUGUUUAA